GAGUUAGAGAUCUAGAGUUAAAGAUCUAGAGUUAGAGAUCUAGAGUUAAAGAUCUAGAGUUAGAGAUCUAGAGUUAGAGAUCUAGAGUUAAAGAUCUACACAGCUUCAGUUAUUACAGUUGGAAACUAGAGAUCUGACUGAACUUUGACCUGCACACAUAAAGACAGGUACACAACAGAAACAGUUCCUUUUGUGGAUUAAAAUGAUCGUUUCUGUGAUUUUAUUUAUUUACCCAUUUAUGCCUUAAAAUAAGUCAUCAUCAUGCAAGCCUUAAUCAUGGAGGGGGCAGUGGAGGAGCGUGUGAGCAGCUUCGAGUUCCUGGGUGUCCAAAUCUCCGAGGAUCUGACCUGGAUGACCGUCUGCUCCAAGUCGGCGCCUCUUCUUCCUGAGAACCAACUGACCUCAGAAUCCUGGUGAACUUUUACCGCUGCACCACUGAGAGCAUCCUGACCAACGGCACCACCCUCUGCUCCGCCUCGGACCGGGAGGCGGAGCAGAGGGUGGUGAAAGCUGCCAGCGCAUCACCAGAUCACCACUUCCUGCCACAGAGAACAUCUACAGGAAGGAGUGUCUGAAAAGAGCUGGGAAAGUCAUCAGACUCCUCACCCUGCUGGCCUCUGGGAGGCGCUACAGGAGCUACGGACCGGAACCACCAGUUUAACGGAUCCAGGUUGGAUCAAAGUUCCGAGAUUCUCCCGCAGACUGAGUCCAGAACCGGACCAGAACUACUUCUACGGACCAGAACCGCCUUGUUCCGUGUUCCGGUCCCAAAGCCCGGGGACGCUGAAGUCUCCUCGCCGCCGAUGCUAGCGUCUCUUUAACCGUCCAGCCGUUAGGUUCCGUUGGUCCAAACAUGGAGACGAACAUCACCCUGUUCGAGCUGCUCAACCUGUCCAUCGGUUCCCCUCACAAAGGUACGGUGAACUUCCACGCCCUCCACGCGCUGCUGCUGGAGAUGCUGAAGCUGCUGGACCUGCGGGAGGCCACGACCCGCUUUAAGUUCAGCCCUCCCGGGGACCGAGUGCCCGACGCCCCGCUGGCUGCUCCGGUGAUGGUUCUGACCCACCCCUCAGUGUCGGACCAGCUGGUUCCGCUCAGUUCCGACCUACAGAAACUGACAGACUCGGUCUCUGUUCUGGAUGGAACCGGAGGGGACGACCUCCGAACCUCCGGGGACGGAGUGUCACAGGCCUUGAAUCUCAUCGAGGAGCUGCAGAAGAACAGAGACGAUAUGAAGCAGAAGACGGAGCAUCUGCAGUCCAAGGCCUCGAACAUCAUUGAAGACCUGCAGAGAAACAGCGCAAAUCUGAGGGAGAAGGCAGAGGAGUUGCAGCACAAGGCCUUGAAGGUCAUCGAGCAGCUGCAGGACAGCAAAGAUCUGAAGGAGAAGACCGAUGACACGCAGCACAAGAUGGAGAUGCGGGCAGGUCUGGAGAACUGCUGCCAACGUCUGGACGUCCUGGACAAGGCAGUGGAAUCCAUGCAGGAACUCUUCCAGAUGUAUCCGGACCCAGAGGAGCUCAACCAGUGUGUGACCUGGGUCCAGUUGGUUGAGAAGGACAUGGAGGUUGAUGAGAACCUGGUGACUUCAGAGGUUCUGGACCAGCCCUGGUUGGUAGAACAGACUGGACCUGACCCUUCAGCACCGUCCUCUGGUGUCCCGGCGCCAUCAACUGGUGUACCGGUGCUAUACUCAUGUGACAAUGAGCCGUCCUCUGCUGCAACUGCGCCGACCUCUGGCACUUCUGCGCCAGCCUCUGGUGUACCAGUUCCAUCCCCAGGUGCCUCUGCACCAUCCUCUGGUGCCUCUGCGCCGUCCUCUGGUGUCUCAGUGCCGUUGUCUGGUGGUCCCCUUCACCCAGAGAGCUCCCCCCCGUCUGCUGCUCCAUCUUUUCCAAGCAUCUCUGCCAAGGAUCGGUCCUUGGAAGCAGCAGCAGACUCCACUCAAGCCUCCUCUGAUGGGUCUGAAGGCGGAACAAUAGCUGGGGACCGGGGCAGAGCCACAGAACCACAACCUGUGACCUCAUCUGUCCUUCCAGGGUCCACCCCAGAGACUGUACCACAAGCUGGAGCACAACCUGGAGCACAACCUGGAGCACAAGCUGGAGCACAACCUGGAGCACAAGCUGGAGCACAAGCUGGAGCACAACCUGGAGCACAACCUGGAGCACAAGCUGGAGCACAACCUGGAGCACAACCUGGAGCACAACCUGGAGCACAAGCUGGAACACAAGCUGGAACACAAGCUGGAGCACAAGCUGGAGCACAACCUGGAGCACAACCUGGAGCACAAGCUGGAGCACAACCUGGUGCACAAGCUGGAACACAACCUGGAGCACAACCUGGUGCACAAGCUGGAACACAACCUGGAGCACAAGCUGGUGCACAAGCUGGAACACAACCUGGAGCACAAGCUGGAACACAACCUGGAGCACAAGCUGGAGCACAAGCUGGAGCACAAGCUGGAACACAACCUGGAGCACAAGCUGCUAAGGUGGCCUCCAGCAUCACUCCUGCGUCUUCUACAGGGAUUCGUGGAGAUCUGAAGAGACCCUCGGAAUCUGCUAUGAGUAAGACCUACAGCCUGCAGAUGGAGGAGUUUUUGAAGAACAUCAGGAAGUUACAGGAGAGGGUCACCCAGCUAGAGGCCCAGACAAGGAUUCUGGAGGAGGAGAAAGUGGACUGGACCGGGUUGGCCCAGUUUAUCAGCUCCAGAGGUUCUCUUGACGUCCCUGGCAGCACGACGGAUCAGGUGCAGCAGCACCAAGCUCUGAUGGAGAACCUGAAGACCGAGGACAAGCUGGAGCAUCUGGAGGACAUGUUGGACAACCUCAGGAGCCAGGAGACGGGCAGCAGUGCAUCAGGAGCGGCAGAUCAUCCUGAUCCAGGGAUUAAAGAUCUCACUCAGCAGGUGUCUGACCUCAGGUCUUCCCUGGUCCAGGUGGAGCAGGAGGUGGAGCUCCUGAAGGAGAAACAGGCUCAGAGUGAGGAGAGAGCUGCAGACCAUCUGCAGGACCAGCUGAACGACCUGCGGGGGACGUUGGAGGACACCAUUGUGUCUCUGUCGUCCCAGCUGUCCAGCAGCCUCCAGCAGGAGGUGGAGAAGAAGACGGAGGAGGCGGAAGAGGAGGAGGCGGAAGAGGAGGAGGCAGAAGAGGAGGAGGCAGAAGAGGAGGAGGCAGAAGAGGAGGAGGAGGCAUUCAGCGGCUCGGUGGAGGUGGGCCGGAAGCUCAGCCUGCUGUUCCAGAACUAUGAGCAGCUGGAAGACACGGUCAACCUGCUGGUCCAGCAGCAGCAGCAGGGCUCAGCUAGGGACGGCCUGGACGAGGACCGAGACAUGGGCAGGAGCCUGGACCUGGUGUACGACGUCCAGAGGGCCAUCCAGGAACUGCAGGCCGAGUGCGAACGCCUGCAGGAGGCAACCAGGAGUCUGCAUGAGGACAACCAGCAGAAGCAGGGACACAUCGAGGAGCUCUACAAGACGGCAGAGGAGCUGCAGGUGAAAAAGGCCGACAAGCUGAUGGUGGAGAGCGAGAUUAAAGCGGACAAGCUGGCCCUGGACAGCAAGGUGAGCCGUCUUCAGUUCGACGCGGCGACGGAGCAGCUGACCUCCAUGUUCCAUGAGCUGCUCAACAAGAUGACGGGUCAGGAGCACGACUGGCACCAGCUGGUGGACAAGCUGUCCACCGACAUGGAGUGCAAGCUGAACCGAAUGGAGUUGGACUCGGUGAAGCUGCAGCUGGAGGAGCGCUGGCGCAGCAUCCUGAAGAAGCUGCAGACGCAGAGCGCGCCGCUGGAGGACGACGCCGCCGGCAUCAGGAAGAAGCUGCUGGAGCGGUUCCAAUGCCUGUCCUGUGACCGCGUCAUCAUGAAGCAGACCCCCGGCCCCAUUGUGCAGACGCUGCCGACGUUCCCUCCUUUCCCCGCGCCGAAGUCCGCCCGGCCCUGGACCAUGGAUCAGAUCCGCCAACACUACCGCAGCCUGACGCCCGGAACCAGCCAGCGCCGGGUCCAGCUGCAGAAGAACCACGCCGACAUGCUGCGGCAGCUAGACAGCAUCGAGCGCCAGCGCCGCCUCCGCCAGCGCCCCAACCGGGUCGCCGAGUCGCCAGCCCGACCAGCCGGAGUGCCGCACGCCAGCACGUCUGCGGGUCAGCGCCGCAGCGGCCCCCAGCACCACCGACUGCCGACCCGGGCCGAGGGCGUGGACCUGAUGCAGGAAGCCGACAUCAUCGGACGAGACGGGCGGAUCUACAAAGGACGCUUCAACAUCGGCCAGCUGAAGAGCCCAGAAACCAAGUUGCCCAACAUCGUCUCCAGAGACGGUAAACUGAAGGAGAGGACCAGGAGCGCCCCCAAAGCCCCCGCUGCGUCUCCGGAGGCGGAGCCUAGCCCUCUGGCCACGCCCCCGUCUCUCAGCACCAAAAGCCUGCAGCCCAGCCGACCAGCCUCCAGCGGUUCUGGUCCGGACUGGGCCGUGUCGCCUCUGGGCUCCGUCAGUCCGCUGUCAGCAGCAGAGAGCGAGCCGCUCGGCCUGUAGGGGGCGGCGCUGAGCCGAAGCGCUGCUGCUAAUAUUUUCAGAUCAGUUCAGGAAUAAAGCUCACUGAACACGUC